AUGCCAUUACAUACAGUCGCAUUAGGUGUCGCAUUGACUCCCACUGUCCUUCAUACUCUCAUCAGUCAUUACUUGAAUCGCAAAUCGCUACAUAACAAACCCUCCGUUCACGUUACCUACGAUGAAGGUAUCCAGAUCGUUCGUCAAUUCUUAUUUUAUGCAUCCAAACACCCGGUCGAAGACCUCCAGGCGUUCACUCGCCAAUGGGUUCCAAGCCCACAUUGGGUGAGAACAGAAACUGUCACAAUCCCCAACGAGUUCCUGUACACUGCUGCAGAUGCUGUCACAAAGCAGCUGGGGCCCAAGGGUGUCAUACGAGUGGGAGGAGAGAAAUGGUGGCAAUGGCGCGGGCCGUCCGAAGAGCUGAAGGGGGAGUGGAUUGAGAUGCGGAACCACUAUAAUCAAACGGAGGGGGCUGGCCAGCAUUGUAAUCGUGUGAUGCUAUAUAUCCAUGGUGGGGCCUAUUUCUUCGGAAGUGUAGACACCCAUCGGUAUAUGAUGCAGCGCCAUGCGCGCAAGCUGAAGGGACGUGUAUUUGCACCGGAGUAUCGACUGUCGCCACAAUUCCCUUUCCCAUGUGGCCUGCACGAUUGCAUGGCGGCUUACCUUUGGUUGCUCAAGUCUCAUGAACCAAAGGAAAUUAUACUUGCUGGUGAUUCUGCGGGUGGAGGUAUGGCUCUAUCGAUGCUGGUCAUCAUGAGAGACCAAGGUAUUCCUUUACCCGCGGGCGCCAUCUUGAUCUCACCCUGGGUUGAUUUGACACACUCUUUCCCGAGUAUUGUUGAGGACAACCCAGGUGAUUAUAUCCCUGCUUAUGGUUUCCGGCAUAAACCUUCGCCCGCUUGGCCUCCUCCCAAUGCUGAUGAUAUCCUGGAAAUAAAACGAAUGUCGCACCAACCAAUAGUGACUCCAGAGGAUGUUAAAAAAGCCAUUCCCCAACCGAACAGCACUGCCGAAGAGACUGCCAUCCGUGGUUAUACUGUGCACGAGAACACCCCAGCCCUAGCUGAACCGGCCUACCCUGGCUUGCAGCAAGCCCCGAGUCCUGCUAGUUUGCACGCCGAACCCGAUAACAUUCACGUUGUCUUGGACGGGAAGACAGUCGAACUCAAGGACCAAAUUCAGUUGUACACGACGAACCAACUCAUGUCCCAUCCUCUUGUUUCGCCGGUCCUCCAACCCUCCCUGGGUGGCCUGCCACCUCUACAUAUAUUGAGUGGCGGUGGUGAGACGCUUCGUGACGAGCAAUUCUACGUGGCCCACAAAGCAGCCAACCCGACGGCAUAUCCACCCAGUGACGCAUAUCUCGAUGAGAACGAUCCUACUCGGGAGACGUUGAACAAGUACGAACCAACUUAUGUACAAUUUCAGGUGUGGGAAAACCUAUGCCAUGUUGCUCCUACUCUGAGUUUCACGCGCCCAGCCAAGUAUAUGUUCCGUUCCAUUGCCCAGUUUGGCUCUUGGGCAUUGGCUCGUGCACAGAAUGGCGAGGUUGAAAUUGAGGAUGAUAGUGCUCUUUCGGCCGUUUCAUCAAGUAGCUCAGAAGAGGACGAUGUUCCAGAGCCUCAAAUCGCCCUGAACAGUCCGCCUGGGGAACCUGGACCGUCAUUUGUCGGUAAGGCCGGGGACCCUCUUCCAGCCUUCCAAGAACACAUGAUACGCCAACGAAUCGAUAAACGAGGGCAUGUCUUCCCGCUAGAUCCUCCCUCUUCCUACCCAGUGCUAGAUAUCCCUCCUGCCAAGAUAGGCGCAGUUAAUCCCGUGCUGAUCCAGAUGUGGUUGGAUGCAAAGAAGGAGUGGGAUAUCCGAUUUGCAAAGGAGAAGCUUCGGGUUCAGAGCCGACGCCUGAAAGAGUUGGCGCAUGGCUUCCAAGACUUUGACGGAGAAUGUCCUCCUCCGAGCUCCUUGGCCGCGCGGCGAGCUGCUCCUGGCGUACUACCAAAGCGACAUGCCAAGAAGAACUACGGCAUGAUGAUGUGGAGCGGCUGGGGAAGCAGGCAUGAUGAGCGCAGAAUAGAAAUGGAGAAGCGGGCUGAGGAAUCGGGCAGACGUUCCACCCGUGUCAGUACUGACGCUGGGCAGGCUGGAGCAUGGUCCAGCACGCCGGCGACGAAUCCCCAAACCGAAAAAGUCUUAGACAAAGAUAACAACAAAUCGCAAUUUAACGGCUACACGGCAGUCAGCCGGGAUGAAAAGGAGCACCCCAGUAAUGGUGAUUCUUCUAUUGGACGCAUCUCCACAGAUCCCGGGACCGCCUCUCGACCUCUCUCGCAGAAAAGCGCUGGCCCAAUCCUUAUAUUGCCCGGGGUGAACAACAACAAAUUUACAGAUGAGAAUGCCAGCACGAGGGGUCUCUUUCAUGCAGCAGGCGCUCUCCCGAUGAAGUCCGAUCUUUCCUUAUCCCACAGCAGGUACCGGCCAUCAUCCGCUGCAGGAUCAGGCACUGGCCGAAGUGAGAUGAUGUCAGACACUGGAAGUACCGUUGGUGGCGACAAGGACUAUUUCGCCUACAUGAACAUGGGACCUGAUACCGCGAGCACCCGCGCUGUGAAUGGCGCGCGUGGUGUUAUUUCCCCUAUGACUUGUGAUGGCCGUCGCUCUACAGAUACUUUAUCUGUUCUCUCUGCGACUGGUCGGGACUCCAUGUCACACCAGCCUGAGAUGCUGGACAGGGAGGUUUACAAAACUGCCGAGUCAGCCUCAUAG